GAAGAAGAUAUGGUUUUCGUUUUCCCUUCCGUUCGCUUUCCAAUUUGCACCAUGUGAACACAACCUUCCACUCCAAAGUCCAACUUCAAUUGCAACUUAGCAAAAUAUCUCCCUUAAUCACAUCUCCCAUUUCUCUAUAAGAUCUUCAAUUCCAUGCCCUGCAAUUAUGAAAAGCGCAAGAUUCAGCAUCAGAACUGGACGAAGAAGACUAUCACCGAUGACGAAUUUCGUCGUCCAAGUUCUACUGGGCCGAUGGUUCACCGUCUUCGCGUCUUUACUCAUCAUGUCCGUUUCCGGCGCCACCUACAUGUUCGCACUUUACUCCGCCGACAUCAAAUCCUCCUUGAAUUACGAUCAGACCACUCUCAACCUUAUCGGCUUCUUUAAGGAUCUGGGUUCCAAUGUCGGAGUCUUUUCCGGCCUCAUCACUGAAAUUACUCCGCCUUGGGUUGUUCUCUUCAUCGGUGGGGUGAUGAAUUUCUUUGGGUAUUUCAUGAUCUGGCUUUCUGUCACUCACCGAAUCCCCAAACCCAAAUUGCCGGCCAUGUGUUUGUUUAUAUGCCUAGGUGCCAAUUCUCAGACCUUUGCUAAUACAGGGGCUUUGAUCCCUUCUGUGAAGAAUUUCCCUCAGAAUCGAGGUAAUGUAUUGGGUUUAUUGAAAGGGUUUGUUGGGUUAAGUGGGGCAAUUUUGACUCAGAUUUACCAUGCUUUUUAUGGGGAUGAUUCUAAGGAUUUUAUCUUGCUUAUUGCUUGGUUGCCUACUGCUGUAUCCUUCCUGCUUCUUCGGAUUGUUAGAGUAGUGGAAGUGAACCCAAUAUUCAAAUCCAAUGAUCUAAAAAAUUUCUAUUCUAUGCUCUACAUUUCCCUUGGUCUUGCUGGCUUCCUCAUGAUUUUGAUUAUUAUUCAAAAUGAACUCAUGUUUACUAGAAUUCAGUAUUUGGGUUGUGCGUUUGUUCUCCUAGCCUUUCUUUUUCUUCCCCUUGUUGUUGUUAUAAGAGAAGAAUUCAGCAGUAGGAAGAGGAAAUUGCAAGGUGUGGAUUUAACUUCUUGGCUUCCAGUUCCACCAGACCCAUCUCCAGCUGAAUUACCAUUGCCUAGACCUUCAAAUUCUUCAAGUUCUUGCUUUGAAAAUGUUUUCAGACCGCCGGAAAGGGGAGAGGACUACACCAUUUUGCAAGCAAUCUUCAGUGUAGAUAUGUUGAUUCUGUUUGUUGCUACAAUUUGUGGGGCUGGUGGGACUUUGACUGCAAUGGACAACUUGGGUCAAAUAGGCAGCUCCCUUGGCUACUCAACCCAUACCAUUUCUACUUUCACUUCUCUAGUGAGUAUAUGGGGCUUUCUCGGUCGAGCAUUUUCGGGUUAUGCUUCUGAAUUCUUAUGGACGAAGUAUAACUUCUCUCGCCCUUUGUUCCUCACUCUUCUGCUUCUUCUCUCUUGUGUUGGUCAUCUUCUAAUUUCCUUUGGAGUCCCAACCUCCCUUUAUUUUGCUUCAGUGAUCAUUGGAUUUUGCUUUGGUGCACAAUGGCCGUUGAUUUUCGCCAUUGUUUCUGAAUUAUUUGGCUUGAAAUACUAUGCAACUUUGUAUAGCAUAAGCGGCAUUGCUAGCCCAGUUGGCUCAUACAUUUUCAAUGUGAAAGUAGCUGGCUAUUUAUACGACCAAGAGGCUAGAAAGCAAAUGGCAGCCAUUGGUCUUAAAAGUGUUGCUGGUAGAGACUUAGCCUGUGUCGGCGUCCAUUGUUACAGAUUAGCUUUCCUUAUAAUCUCUGCUGCAACCGUGUUCGGUUGUGUUGUUUCAUUCAUUUUGGUCCUUCGAACUUGGAAAUUCUACAAGGGUGAUAUCUAUAAGAAGUUUAGAGAGGAAAGAAAGGAAGCAGAAUGAUUAAGUUAGUAUUCCUGCUAUAGGCUUGCUUCUUCUGUGUAACGCUUUGUUCAACACACUCCGCGAUCUUGUUAUUUUUCUUCUGUUCCGACUUCUGAUAAAGAAGAAAUUACAGCCGGAGCCAGGAAUGUGAAAAGAUGGAAAGUUGUUCUAGUAUUGUAAGCUUUGUGAAGGGUAAAAUGUUGUCUUUUGUUGUGGCAAAGAUGGAGGGUAAGAUCUUCAUUUAGGGUAUUUUUCUUAGUGGUAUUAACACUGUUGAUACGAUCCAAAUACGAAACUGAACUUGUCGCGCGGCUUGUGCUCAGAGGAUCAGGAAUGGUGAAUUGCCAUUUGCUCAGAAGCCACAACUUAUGGAACAGGUGUUUAGUGUUUACUUUUGUUCAAUAUGGAGAUUGUUCAUCUUAGUUCUAUCAGAAGCUUUCCUCUUUUGCUUAUCAGUCAGUUAAAGAAGAAAGCUAAAAGUAUUUAUGAAAGAGGAUAAAGCCAUCAAGAAUAUUUCAGAAUAGGAUAUUUGUCCCAUUUCUUGGGGGGGCCCAAAAAAUUGUGAGGGUAGGAAUCGAAACAUCGAUCUUUUAGAUGGUAAUUAGUGGCCUUAUCUGGCUCGGAUUGGCUUGGUAAUAGGUUACCUGAAGUUCCUUUUUGUAAGUCUAUGUACCUUUGGAAAUCAUCUUUAUACAACCACAACAUUGAACUAAUUAAGUUGCUUAAUUGCAAAAAAGUCACCUUUAUAUUGGCUGGUUUUCUUAUCUGCUUUUGGAAAAUAAUGUGUGUGAAUGAGUUGUUCUUGUCUUGCUUCCCUCUUGCAAAGUUAUGGACUCUUUAAAAGACUUUGUCUCAUUUGAGCAAGCAAUCUUCUUCCCA